AUGUAUGUAAACGUGAUAAGCGGGAUUGUGAUCAGAUCCUACGCGUCGCUGGCCUGUGUCCGUUGGGGUGAGUCGCCGUGUAGUACUUCGACGGCACAGAUAGGUCCGGGACUGAAUUUAAACAAAUUAGGGAAAAUUGAGAGCUUGUUGGUAUGCACGUGCAUCGGCUCGCCAACUCAGAGCGGUGACCCCGUCCAAAAGAGGUGGCUGCGGACUCGUGAGCGCUUGUCGCCUCCUCUUGCUGAUUCCCUACUCCGCCGUCGCCUUCUGACUGCUUCAGUUAGCCCUUAUGAAUUCAAUGUGAAAAGGGAUCGAAUAGCUGAGAUGCUCUUCACUUGUAAAAUGACCAAGUGUUUUGGCUGUGAUCGAGUUGAGUUGACUGUGCCUAAAAGUGAUUGUGCAGAAAAGAAUAUUGAUGAUGAUGAUGAUGAUAAGUGCAAAAGUGUGGAUCCAUGGAGGAAUCCUGCAGUAGAGGAGCAAGUAAUAAUGAGAAUUCACCGGAUUGGCCAGAGGACUGUCCAUAAUUAUAAGUUUGGCUGGCCUUUGGCCUGGAGAUUACGUUUAUGGCUCCCCGCCAUAUGCUCCAACGUUUCGUCCAAUGCGCCGACUAACGAGCACUGGCGAGCUGCUGAGGUUCGAGGUCAACAACAUGCAGACGUGGAUGAGCCUCCCGAACCAACAAGGACACAUGCACCGACGGGUUUGGACGACUGCCCAUCAAUGGAGGACGUGUGUGACUGGCCGCUGAGGGGGAGUGUGAUACUCGAUGAAAGCAAUUCAGUUGGAGUUCUUGGGAGGUCUGGUAGAGGCCUAACUGAACAUAUGAAAGUUUCGAUCGACAAGGUGGAUAUUGUUACUGCUUCAUUGGGACAUACAGUAGCCACUGAAGGAGGAUUUUGCAUUGGGAGUAAUCGAAUGAAAGGACAAAGCAUGAGCCAUAAUUUGUGGAUUUCGAAUGAACGGUGUUCAAUUGGUUUUUACAGUAAGAGCGAUAAGAAGCGGAAGCACGCUCGUCCAUCCAACUUUUCGGAUGGUUCAGGCUUGAGUGCCACAUUCAGUUGCUACGAAUUUUUGAGCUUUGGCAUCAAACUGGCUACAAUGCAAACUGGUGGGAAAAACAAUUGGCAGGAGUCAGAAGGGAUGAAAUGA